AUGUCCUCCCCCAUUCAGGUUGUCUUUCCAGAGAAGAAGGACCACCAGGUUUGGGUGGUCAACCCCAACUACACCACUCCAGCAUCUGACAUUGAUCAUGCCACUGCAUUGGAGGAUCUCAUGGAGCAAUACAGGAGGAGGGGGUGGGGUCAAGGCAUCAUCCAGGCUCCUGACAGUGCCCAGCAGGUCCACAAUUUCCACAGGGAGUAUGGCUGGAUAUGCAUGAUAGAGGGGAAGGACUACAAGGUGCUCUCUGCACUCAUGGCUUUCCCACAUGCACCUCUCCUCCUCUGCUUCAAGGAGAGGGUGGUGCCCUAUUUCAAAGAGAUUUGGGGCAUCAUUGAGAACACACCACCUCUUGCUUUGAGGUGGAUCAACACAUCAGAAGGAGAUAUCACCCACUGGCCAUUCACCUACCCACAGCACAACAGCACAACCCAACACUACCACUCAUAUGCACUACAGGUCAUCUGCUUUGUUCUUCACUACUGCUCCUUGGACUUGCCACCCAUCCACAUGAUCCUGUCUGAGCGCCAGCAGCAAUGUGCAAUGAAUGUUCAUCCACUCACUCUUUCUCUCCAUCUUCUUCCACCCACCUCCAUCCCUUCCCUGGGUUGGAGACAAGGACUGUCAGAACCAGCAUACCCUGAUCACACCCCUGGACUACGAGUGAGGAAGGUAGUUUUCUUCUUCCACUUCCCCCUCACUGCUCAGCUGGAGUCCUCAGCAUGGACCACAUCCUCAGGGUCUCCCAUUGAAGUGGACCUCCAUCCUUCUAGUGACAACUCUGUCCACACCUCUGAGAACCUCGAUUUGGAUUCAGAGCAGCUCAGUGCCCUGACAAGGACCUGGUCUGUCAUAUCCACACCAACUCUGCCUCACCUCCACUCUACUCUGCCACCACUCUGGUCCACCUCCAAUCUUCAGUACCUUCUCUGGUACCUCUUAUCCUCAUCUUAA